AUGGCCAACAAAAGAAAGAGAGCAGAGCCUAACAAUGGUACUCCCAAAGAAGAAUCUUCGGUGGCGGUCACCAAAAAGGCCAAGAAAGCAGAACCCUUUACACUCCAAAUAGUAGCUGGCUCUUACGACAGAGUGCUUCAUGGUAUCACGGCUACCAUUACGCCCGGCGAAGACAAAGCAGACUUUGCCGACACUUUUCUAUUCAACGCCCAUACUUCUGCCAUCAGAUGCAUUGCCCUCUCCCCACCCUCGGCGCCAGAGCCUGGCAAGGGCCAGAAGGUUAUGCUGGCCACCGGCAGCACGGACGAGAGAAUCAACGUGUUCAACAUCUCGGCGCACCCACCUAGCCAGAAGUCAAAGGACGAGCAGGACCUGCUUUCCAAGAUCGCGCCCCGCAAGAUCCUCGAGAACCCCAAGAACCGCGAGGUCGGCGCUCUACUGCACCACAGCUCGACAGUUACCAAGUUGGCUUUCCCGACAAAAGGAAAGCUCAUCUCCGCGAGCGAGGACUCGACGAUUGCCGUGACGAGAAUCCGAGACAUGACAGUAUUGAGCAGUAUCAAGGUACCGAUUCCCAAGCAGAUGGGCCGGCCGAGCGGUGACACAGCGGCCAUGGGGGGUGCGCCUUCGGGCGUCAACGACUUCGCAGUACACCCGAGCAUGAAGCUCAUGAUUAGUGUCAGCAAAGGCGAGAGGAGCAUGAGGUUGUGGAAUCUAAUGACGGCAAAGAAGGCGGGAGUGCUCAAUUUUGGAAGGGAUACACUAGCUGCCAUUGGAGAAGGGAGACAUUCAUCAGGCGAAGGCAGAAAAAUUGCAUGGGAGCCACAAGCGGCAGAGGAGUUUGCCGUAGGCUUUGAUAGGGAUAUCUUGGUAUUUGGCAUGGACGGCACACCGAAGUGCAAAGUCAUGCCCGACUCACGGACAAAGAUCCACGAGUUUUCAUAUGUCCCAUUGGGAAGCAAAGAAGGAGACGGUUCCCUCUUAUGCGUUUCUACAGAGGACGGAAGAAUCAUGUUCUUCUCUACGGAAACAAACGAUUUAAGCGAGGCAGCCGACGACAAGAAGACAGAAUCUUUAUCAGUCGCCCAGUUUGUUGCGCAGCUAGGCGGAAAGGCAGCAGGAAUUCAAGGACGCAUCAAGGACUUUGCUGUACUCAAACCCUCAGAUGACAGCGAUGAACUCUACUUUACCUGUGGUAGCAGCGACGGCAAGAUCCGGGUUUUCCGGACGAGCAUUGCGGAGCUCAAAAAGGCCAAAAAGGUCCAGGACAAGGAGAAGAAGCAGGUGGGCAAGCUGCUAGGAGCCUACGAGACGCAAAACAGAAUCACUUGCCUGGAGGCAUUUGUUAUGAUACCCAGACCCGAUGGCGCAGAGGAUAGCGAGGACGAGUUUGAGGAUGUUUCCUCGUCGGAUGAUGACGACGAGGACGACGCGGAUGAAGACUGA